AUGAAAAAACAUUUCGCUUCAUGUGGACAUGUGAUACAUGUUCACAUUCCCGGAUACUCUCGCUCUAGUGUCCCAGGCCUCAGCAGAUUUGCCUUGAUUUAUCUUCGUGGAGAAGGGGCACAAGACAAGGCGUUGGAACUUAGUGGUGCAAGGUUGGAACUUAUUGGUGGAAGUUACAGCAGCGGAGAAAACAAGUUGGUCGUUAAGCCUUACCCGUUUGGUGCCAAAAACCCUGACCCUGACUUGGCUCCCAAAAAUGGAGCGCUAUGCUGUGGUGGGCCAAUCAUGACGUGGGAUCCAGUGUUUGAUGCUACAGCUCCUGAGGAUCCCAAUCUCCCUAAGCCUCCUCCUUCGUCUGGAUGA